GAACUAGUUUUUCCUUCUUCUUUUUUCUUCUCUUUUUCUCUCUCUAUGAAACCAUUCUCUUCUUUGCAAAUGAGGAGGGUACUUUCGACCCUUUACAUUUUGUUUACAUUUUUUUUUAUUACAAAAAAUUUAAUCAAAGACCCUUAUGAAAAAGUCGACGGGUGAGGCAGCCAUCAACCACCAUUUCCUCCAUCGCUAACUAGUUCACACCACUUUGAAAAACUCAUAAAACUCAUUCAAACGGAACCUAAACCCAAAAUAACAAAAUUCAUCACAACAAUUCACCAUGGCCGAACCUAAAUCUCACCUCUUCAUCUUCUUCUUGAUUUCUUCUAUUUUUUCUGUCCGUUCCUUGACCCUUUCCUCAGAUAUUAUAGCUCUCAAGCCUUUAAAUACGCCAUUAAACCUGCCUCCAUUCCUCCCAAUUCUUGCCUCGGCACUUGGGAUUUCUCUACCGUGUUGGGAUUUCUCUACCGAACCUUGCUCCGUCCCUAGAGUCACUCAUUUCACCUGUGGCAUCACUUGCAGUGGAAGCCGAGUUGUUCAACUCACCCUCGACUCACAGGGCUACUCAGGAACACUCACUCCAUUCAUUGCAAACUUAACUCGACUCAUCACCCUCGAUCUCACAGAGAACAAUUUCUACGGCCCAAUUCCGUUUUCUAUUUUCUUUCUUCCUAAUCUGCAAAACUUGAUCCUUCGAGUCAACUCGUUCUCCGGUGUAAUCCCACCUUCUGUGACCUACCUUAAAUCUCUGAAAUUUCUGGAUCUUUCACGGAAUUCACUUUCUGGGUCAUUGCCGAACUCGAUGAACUCGCUUACCAGCUUGUCGAGAAUGGACCUGAGCUACAACAAACUCAUUGGGUCACUCCCGAAGCUCCCUUCCAACCUUAACGAACUCGCUUUAAAAGCUAAUUCCUUAACAGGAUCUCUUUUUUAUUCAUCAUUCAAUGGGUUAACUCAGUUGAUGGUGGUGGAACUCGGUGAAAACUCCUUCACCGGAACUCUCGAUGCUUGGCUCUUCCUCUUACCCUCCUUACAGCAAAUCGAUUUAGCCAAUAAUAGCUUUACAGGUAUUAUCGUCCCAAAGCCUCCCCCAAAUUUUAACAGCCAACUCGUCGCUGUAAAUCUGAGUUUCAACAGAAUUAAUGGAAUUUUACCUGUUAAUUUUAUUUAUUACCCUAUACUGCGGUCUCUGGGACUAAGUUACAACCAGUUACGUGGACCGAUCCCAAAAGAGUACAACAAGAAGGGCUCAAUGCAGAGAUUGUUUCUUGACGGGAAUUUUCUGAAUGGAUCACUGCCGGCAGAAUUUUUCUCCGGGGACACGGCGGUUACUGGUAGCUUCGGGGACAACUGCUUGACGAGUUGCCCGGUUUCUUCGCAACUUUGCUCAAAAUCCCAGAAACCUGCUUCGAUUUGCCAGCAGGCCUAUGGUGGGCCGGCAGACCAAGGUCUUAAUUGUCAGUCAAAUGUAUAAUUUAUUUUGUAGGAGAUAUUUUACUUUCAAUUUUUAAUUUUUAAGCACAGACUUUUUGAUUAAAAAAAAAAUUUCCCCUGAACGAUCACGAGUAUUUGUAUGCAGUAAUACAAGGGCAUCUUUUCUUAGGAUUGACCCCUUAUUUUGUGGAAAUGAUCAAUAAUUUAUUUUAA